AUGCUCUCGGCUUUCCCUCCGCCUUCCAAAAUCCUACUCUACGGCCUGCUGCUAGCCUCUCUAGCUUUGAGAUGUGCGGCGUAUAUCCCGGCGGUUGCGAUCAACGAUACAGACGGCCUCAAUUUGACAGAUUCAUCCUCUAUCGAUAUCGCAUGGACGGACCCUUCGGGCGUGUCAUUCCAACUCCAAGCAGACGUCCUAACAGGCGGCACCACCUCCGGCGCGCUCGUGCAUUUCGCUGAAUCCACAAUGGGCAGCAACGUGUCGACUACGACGCCGUGGAUUGCGUUUAUCAGCUGUGAUAGGAAUGAGAGUGUUGCUAGUGAUGAGUGGGAUGUGUUUACGUUGGCAAGAGAUAGAGGGGCGGUAUCAGCCUUUCAUCGUGGCGGCGGCGCUGGAGAUAGGGGCGGGGAAGGGGAAAGGGAAAGGGAAGAAAGAGCAGGAGAAGGGGAAGGGGAAGGGAGGAAAAAGGUGGAUGAUGAAGAGUCUGUGGCUAUGCGCCAGCUGGAUAGAGACGAUUCGAAAGUCGGAUUUGUCGCGGAACAGUAUAACCCGGCAGAAUCGAAAAUCGAGCAUGACAAUCCUUUCCACCCUAUCAUUACCGACGAUAACUCUAUAUCCCUCUCCACUCUUCCCAUCGCAGCGUCAUCGAGCACCACAGGUUUCCAAACACCGCCGCACGAUACCUCCACCUCCAUCUUGGACUCCGCGGCCGCGGCGGCGGCGGUAGGAGGAGAGGGAGGAGAGGGAAAGGGUGAAAAGGAGGAAGAGCAGCACUGCCCGAUCUGCCUGGUGGAGUUUGAAGAUGGCGAUGAUCUACGGGCUGUUGCGAGUAUCAGCGAGUUGUCCGCUAUGUCGAAAAGAUUUCAACAACCCCUCAUCACCCUCCGGUACACCAACACCUACCACACCUUCUUUCCCCAUCUCCAACCGCAUCCCCUCCCUUCCGGACUCUGA